GCCCUACCAGUGCUAACACAAAUGAGGAGUGGAAGUUGAAAUCGAGUGGUGCAGAGAGCGCGAGUGCAAUUGUUUACAUACGAUCCCACUGGGGGAGAGGGAGGUGAUCAUAUCGCGCAACAUGUUAACGGUACUGACGGAACUACGGUUUUGGUCCACCAGGGAGGACAUCAUCAUCCAGGAUACGGAUCUCGGCACGACAAAGUACUGUGAGAAAAAAUCCGACACCAGCCGAACGCUUCUGAGCGAAGGCAAACGAAGCUACUGCGAAUCGAGAGGCCUAAAAUGGAGCCUGGACAACAAAAAACCAAACAAGCUGCGUCACUCGCUGCGACUGCUGGAAGACGAACUACGGCAAAAGCGGCUAGUGUACUGCAAAUGGAAGAACAACGUGCUCCUACAGCUAAUGCUUUCGAACGGGCUGCUGGUACACCUGUCGAUCAAUCCCUUCACCGGCGACAUAAAUCGAAUUUACUUCGACAAGUAUCUGAUAGGAAAGCUGAUCUCGGAGCACAUUACCGAUGUAGUUAUUACGCAAAACCACAUACUGGUGGCGUACAAUGAAAACCAGAUCACCUUCGUUCAGUUUCAAAAACCAACUGCACGGAAAAAUAAUCUCGAAAAGAUUAGCCUUAUGGACCCGAAGAUCUACAACGUGCUGCUGAGUGGUACGGGAUCAACGACGCGCAAAGUACCGAAACGGUUAGUGUGCAGCAGCAGUCUGAAUUUGGUGAUUGUGUGGACGAAAUCAUCCCAGAACGAAGUUUAUCCAUGGCGACCGACCGUAAAGGAUCAAGAUCGAGCCAAUCUGCACGUGUACAAACUGAACGGUGCGCGUAUGGAACUGUUGUGCUACUAUUGGACAGAGUACGAUCCAAUUUCAGUACAAUUUUCGCUCAUGAACGACUAUCAGGUGCACUGUGUGGAGCAGAAAAUAUCCAAAAAGGGCGAAGUGACGAUCGAUAGCUGCAUUUACCAGAUUAAUAAAACCAAAAUGCGACGCGUUGCGGUCACUUCGAUUCCACUGCAAACGCAGGUAUGCUGCAACGCACUCAGCCCCGAUCACGAAAAGCUAAUGCUCGGUUGUAUUGAUGGUUCGAUCGUGCUUUUUGAUGAAGGCCGUGGUAUCACACAUCUCGUCAAAGCUGCAUUCAUUCCCACGUACGUUGCCUGGCACAGUGACUCGUCGGUAGUAAUGAUCGCCAACGAAAAGUGCCAACUGCAGUGCUUCGACAUAGCGUUGUCCUGUGUCCGGAUGCAGCUGCUCAGUGAAACGCAGGACGGCAUCCCGUCCGGUACGUUCGAUCUGUCCAAUUACUUUCUCGGCCAUCAUGCACCAUCGAUACAGCUGGGACGGCUGUGCUGGAGCAAAAAACCGGAACUGGCCCAUCAUGGCGAAAAGUAUGCCACCACCGAUUCCUUCCUGUUCUGUGCCUUCGAGCAAGGUCCGUUGGCCUGCAUCCGUGUGGUCGGUGGGUCCGGGUUGAAGGGUGACGUACACACUUCCGGUCUCACAGCGGACGUCCUUGUGCAUAAGUACAUUUCACUAAAUCAGGUAGAGAAAGCGAUCAACAUUUUGCUCAGCUUGAACUGGGAUACGUAUGGUGCAAUGUGUUUGCUUUCGUUGCACCGAAUAGCGAACUACAUCUUUAAGCAACCGCUCGCGACGGAAAGAGAAUUACAGCUGCAGAAAGCACUCGGAAGCUUUCUGAUUCCGGUCAAGUCAUUGUGCUACGAGACGGAACUCGAGUUCGGUGAUCAGGUGAACGAUAUUACGCUCAAGUUCUUCCACUAUCUGCUGCGCAACAAAUCGUACAAUAAGGCGUUUAGUUUGGCGAUCGAUAUUAACGAUGCGGAUCUGUUUCUUAAGCUGCACGACAAAGCAAAGGCGGACGGAGAUGUAGAGCUGGCGCGAGAGGCUCUGAGGAAGGUCGAUGACAUCAAUCGGAUAUGUACCGAUCGUAGCGACAGUGAGCAUUCACUUUGUUCAAACUCUUCCUGCUCAUUGUGUGCGGACAGUUUCGAUGACGAGGAUUACGAGGAUGGCGAUCGCGAUAAUCGAUGUGAUGAUGAGGAGGAAAUUGUCGAUGAGGAAGAAGUGCUGGAAGAGGAAGAAAGUGACAGUAAUCGUCGAGUGAAUGGGUUAAACGGGACUUACCAGAAUCGUUCUAAGUCCGAUAAAAAUGGUUCGGAAAUACCACGCCUUGACCACGCAACGAAGCAGCAUUUUACCAACGAGGUUCGUGAGAAAAGCUUUCGAACGUUUUCAACGUCUUCCGGUUCGUCAAAAUCCUCCCAGAUUCAACGCUGGAGCGAUCAAGGCGAUCGUCCCAAAACGAAAAACACUCUCGCUCAUCCUCCGCUGCCGAAAACGGGUGAACCAUCUUCCAAAUCCAUUCCCAAAUUCGAUACUCCAUCUCCGAGCAGUGCUGCUAGUAGCAGACAAGGAAGCAAUUCCAAAUCUUCCACACCGCAGGACAGCUAUUUCGCUCAUCAGGAUCGCCCCCCACUACCGUACGUGUCGAAAAAAUCAUCUCCUCAGAGUAAAUCGAUGGUGCCGGCACCGUUUGCGAUGCAACGUAGCCAGACGGCUAUGGCACUUAAGCUAUCAAAACAACAGCAAUCUCGGAUUGCGGAAUCAAAGCUAAAAGGUAAAUCAUUAAGCUCAAGCAAUUUGUUGUUGCUUGAUGAUAGUCCUUUGUCGUAUGCACACCCAUCAUCCGGCAUGGCAGCUCUCGGUCCCGGCACACGAUCACGGCAAAUCGUGAAUCCCCGUGAAAAGGCGGCAAAGUAUUGGCAGGCCAACAGUCUGUCGAUGGAUCAGCUGAAUGCGACGAAUGUUAUGUCCAAUCGUGGCGGUCCACCGUCGAUGGGUUUACCUCAUUAUUCGGAAUAUGGCGACACGGGUCUUGCAAGUAGUCGAUCAAGCGUUCUACCUCCAUCUCCAUACCAUCCGCAUCAUCACCAUCAGGACAAUUCGCAUCAAACGCCCGCAUCACAGCAGCAACACAUUGUAAUCGAUGUCGUUCCUAAGCCCUCUUUAAACGGUUCAUUCCCGGGAGGAACAUUAUCGCCUUACGGAACGCAAUCGUUGGCGGGCGUGAUGAUGCCCGGAUCUUCACCAAACAUUCUCGAUCAAACGAUCGGCAUACCGUUAGUACAAGAUGAGCCGGAUUUCAUUCGACGACCGGUGGGAGUCGGACGCAAACCGCCACCACCACCCCAAUCAUCCUGGUAUCCGAGCCCAGCAGGUGCUCCGACGAGCAACUCCAACAGUAAUAACGCUCCUCGCACCAUCAUACACCAGUAUCCGCUGAUCUCGGGCAACAUUCCCUCCAAGUUUCAGCUGCAACAGCAGCAACAUCAGCCACCGUUCGAGCUGCAGAUGGCAACGGCUGCAGGGAUGGGAAAAUACGGCACCAGGAAAAAGCUGGAUGCUCCAACCGCAUCCAUACUGUCGAACGGUGGUAGCAACCAUUCGAACGCUACCGGACAGUCGCAGCAAUCGGCCACGAACGGUAGCGCCAUCAAUGGAGGACUGGGUACAGCUGGGUUACAUCUAGCCACGGGCAGUUCCGUUGGUGGAAGCAGUGGUGCCUCGACGUCUUCUUCGGCGGCUACCAAGCGUGACGGUGCGGAGAAGAAUAAGGUUAAAUUUUCCGACACCGUUACGGUAGCCGUUGUACCGGAAAUACCACGCAAGGAGAAGCUACUCGUUGAAAAGCUGCGCAAGCAACCGAUGCAGCCGGGACCAGUAGGAUAUGGACCGUUUUCCAUUGCCGAUCCAAAGCGCGAGCUGGCAGAAAGUUUACCCCUGUGCCAUCCGAACGAGGACUAUUUGAAGGAUUUUACCCCGAUGCAAGGUAUAUAG